AUGUGCAAGAAUGUCGCGCACUCUGCGAUAUGGGUUCUCAGAAUCCCUUGCGAGCUUCAAGUCGAAGGUAUUGACCAAAGUAUUACAACACGGACCAAGGGCAUGGUCGGUGUCAGUAUGCAGUCUCAUGCGGAUCGGAAAUUUCAAAUAAAUUUCAAUGCUUAUGUCAUUGACUCAAUCACGUCUAUGACUCCUGCAACCACUGUAGACACUCGGACGAAUCAUCAUCUACGAGGUCUUCAUUUGGCAGAUUCUAAAUUCGCUACACCAGGUUCUGUAGAGCUACUCAUUGGAGCAGACAUAUGGCCUUGUAUUGUUCUAAACGACGUUAUUGUUGGUUCAAAUUAUGAACCGUGUGCACUACACACCCGUCUAGGUUGGGUAGUACUAGGUCCAGCAGCGGCGAACGUGUCGGAACCAACUUCAUUUUCAUAUCUUGCUGGCUUGCACGAUGAUGAUUCUUCUACAGAUCAUCUCUUACGGAAAUUCUGGGAAAUCGAAGAACCUGUCAACAGCAUUGGACCAGAAGUGGACGCAUGUGAAGAAAUUUUUGUGAAUACAGUUACGAGACAUCCAGAUGGUCGUUACAUUGUGCAGAUUCCAUUUCGAGCUGACGCUCCUCAACUUGGAAACUCACAUCCUGCAGCACUUCGACAAUUUUUGAAACUUGAACGGACAUUGGCAAAUGAUUAUACAUUGAGAGAUAAAUACAUUCAAUUCAUGAGGGAAUACGUUAAUUUGGGGCACAUGGAGGCGAUAGGUUGUAAUCAGGUUGACUUGGAUAACUGUUACUACAUCCCUCACCAUGCUGUUAUGACCAAAUUCAGAGUAGUGUUUAACGCUUCGUCUAAAACUACGAACGGUGUAUCUCUGAACGAUACACAAAUGUGUGGAUCACAACUACAAGACAACUUAGUUGACAUACUGCAUCGGUUUCGGCGGUAUUCAAUAGCUCUUACAGCGGAUAUAAGGAAAAUGUUUCGACAAGUCACGACCCUGGAAGGAAUCAGCGGCUCUAAGGCACCAGCUUCGGAGAUUAACUUUAGCAAUUCUAGCACAACGGUAUUGGGCCUACGCUGGAAUCCUAUUACAGACACCUUAUUUUUCAAGGUUAAGGUAUGUAACUUUGACACAGUUCCUACUAAACGGAUUGUUUUGAGUGAUAUAGCGAGACUAUAUGAUCCAUUGGGUAUGUUGGCACCAGUUGUCGUUACCGCCAAGAUUUUUGUUCAAAAUCUGUGGCUGGCGAAACUGAAUUGGGAUACGCCAUUACCAUUUGAACUUUGCGAGACUUGGAUGAAAUAUCGGAACAGUCUACAUGCUCAGAAGAUAAUAUAA